AUGAAAUUCUCAAAUGCUUUUAGCCACAUAAUAUUUGUGGUAUUAUGUGGUCUAUUAACGGUUUUAGCAGACUCAGUCGAUACAAGAACACAACCGCAACAACAAGCGUCACAACAGCAUACCCGUCACAAUUCACAACAACAUCAUCAUCAUAAUCACCACCAACACCAUCAGCAUCGGCACAACAGGAAUCACAAUCAUCACCAUCAGCUGCAGCCACAGCCGCAUCAGAGUUUGAAUCAACAGCCCACGGCAAGAUCACAUUCAAGUAAACAACAUCACCUAACAGCAACAUCAGGAGUGACGGUGUUGGGGGCAGCAGCAACUGCAACGGCGUCAGCCUCAUCUUCCACAUCGCCAGCUAUCACCACAUCCACAAAUAACCACAGGCAAUCAAGGAAAUUAGAAACAAAAUCUCAAGUGGAACUAAUCGAUGCUGCCAUGAAUAUACCAAAGAAUUUCAACAACACAAAAUUGAAACGUUUAAAUCAGGAUGACUUCUAUAAUCGGGCGGUGCAGCGUCGUUUCAAUGCCAGGCGUAAUGCCCGCGAUGAAUGGGCCUACAAUACGUACAAUGUACACACGAAUACCUACAAUUCGUUGUUGCCAUCGAAUCAUGCAGCGGGCAAAGGUGAUGAUAAUAGCGAUGAUGUGGAAUUUGUUAGUGCUACCGGUAAGCGUAUUGUGCCAGAUUGGUCCCACGAAGAUGCCUUGGCUAGUCUUUGA